AUGAUUGACAAGUUAACUAUUUUCUUGUGCAUAGUCUUCUUCCUAGUCAAAAUAUCUUCAUCAGCACCAACAAACAUUGAAAAUGAAGAGAUGAUUGAUAGUUUUUCUAAUGAUACCUUAGAAGGCGAAGAGAGCUCUGAACUGGAAUCAAAUGUCUUUCUAAAUACCACAAACGCAACUUCAGAGUUUGAGCCGAUUAUACUGUUAAAUGUUACUGAAACAGAUAAUUCGACAGUUGACAUUACUCCGCCUGUACCAUCCACGAGCAUCUCCUUCGACAGACUGCAAGCAAUUCCAACGACAGCUAUGACUACGAUGAAGACGAGACGCAAUAAAAAUGACUUGUUCUUCUGUUGCCCAGAAGAUUCUGUUGAGCCCGUUACCCAAUCAAUUAGAAGAGGAAGAGAACGUGAAAGAAAUACCAAGCCUCCAGUGAUAAAGCAAGGUAAAAAUCCGGAGCUAGACGAACCUUAUCAUGAGAGGAGACCUGCUUUGCUUUUGCGUUUCUUCCCAGAUGGCACAGCGGUGCUAAUUUCGAAAUUUCAGCUGCAUUUGCAUGUAAAACCCAAACAAAUAAAAUUUGCAUCAGAAGAUGUUGUGAAACCGAACAGUCCCACAAACAUCAAUUCUGGUGUAGUGUUCGAUGAUGGCAAGAGUUAUGAAGUGUCCUAUAAACGCCUGGAGUCGAUACCAACAUCAAAAGAAAACAAUGAAUUCGAUUUAAAUGAGAGUGAACGAGUGAAUGACUUACCAGCUGCCUAUGAAAGUGAAGAUGAUACAGACCACAGCGAUCACGAAUUUGUCACAAACACUCCAUCCAGAUCACCGUUUAAUUUUGAGCACAAAAAGCCUUUUCCUUUCCAAGAAAGUACAACAACUAGCCCAGCAACUACAACAGAUGCUGUAUUACCUACGACGGAACCAUUCAUAAACAAAGUAGGCAAUGCAUCUAAAGUGACUCCAAUGAUUGGCGAUAGCCCAUUUUUUAUCAUGACAUCGGAAGAAAUGUCUUCUCUUCAGCAUCAGUACGAACCAGUCCACGCUCCUCUCAUCGCUACAACGGUGACACAUACUGAGAAACUAAGGGAAAUAGCUACUGUAACUAAAGAAACCACCACAACCUCACCGACAACAAUCCCCACAACGCCAAAAUCAAUAGAAACUGCAGAACAUAGUGCUUUAAUUCAGACGCAGCCUUCCGUCCCGACAUCAAAAUGUUUGAGUUUCAAGAAUCAUUUAGCCUUAGUUUUGUCUACAGAAGAUAACAUCGACAACUCCUUGUUGAAAAAGCAUAUAUUACCUACACAUGAUUGCAACGACACCUAUGAAUCGAAUUCUUUAGCAAGAAUUCAGUCAUCAGAUGCAGUUGUGACGGAACCUACAACAACUCCAAAAUCAACUCCUACAAUCGCCGAAAGGGCAACUUCAGCACCAUAUGUUCGAAAUAACUUGGUACCUUACCUUGCGUCACGAAUAUCAAACCAUCCAUCGGGGCCUGAUGUUGUAGUUGUUACCUCUCUGCCUGUUUUGAUUGAUUUGAAAAGCACACGAAAACAUUCCGUGACCGACGUUCCAUCUUGGAGAGAGGUCACGGUUGGAGUUGUGCGAGAUCAUCAAGGUCAACCUCUGAAGCCUAAAUACAACAACUGGACAGCACACUUGAGAGGAUUACGCAAGAAGCCAGAAAGAAAAUUUUGGAACGAGUUAACUACUCCCCGAACGGACUUUGGAACUCCUGAAAGGUCUCCCAAUCAGCAAAAUUUCCAGUCUGCACCAAGUCAAUUAAAUCGUUCGUUCUACACUGAUUUGCUAAGACAUCGGCAGUCUCCGAAUCAGUUUUCUAGAAGCAAAGAUGUUCCUAACAGCCAACCUUAUCUUGCAAAUCCACCUAGAAAUUAUCCAACUCAGGGUGCAACUGAUUUUCAUUCGUGGAGGAAUCCACCUUCAGAAACUGACAACAGAAUAGUCAUCGACGGUGGAACGAUGGAGUGCAACCACCUAGUCUCAAGCGCUGGUAGCAUUUAA